AUGACAGACAACCAUUUCUGCUACGGCUCUGUGCCGUCUCGUCUGUCUUCGGAUCAGUAUCAGCCAUCUCAAGAGGCUUCCCGGCGCAGCCAGGAGCCAGUCAUCACAUCGCUGCCACCCCUUCGUCCUUCCAAGCUGACCCCUCGACAAAUUUCUCCUCGCCAGAGCCUAAGUAUCGACGUGUACGGCGCCGACAACAAGUCCCUGUAUAGUACUUUCGACAACUCGCAACCGACGGCUUCUUGGGCAGCCGCCGAAGGACCCCCUCUUGCUUCCGCAACUUAUCAGCAAAUGUCCAAUUUCACUUCAGCCAGAGACUCAGACAUGGCUUCUUACAGUCCGGCACGGUCCCCUUCGCUAUUCCCCUCGCCGAUCGACCACAAUCGGCGCAGAAUCCCCAUUCCGAAGUCUUAUGUGACUGCUCCUUGGAAAUCUCUUGGAGGCGCAGGAUCUUCUGUGUCGACCGAGUAUAUGCCAGGGCCCCAGCCCAUGACUUCGAGUCCUCGGCUCAGAGGCGCCCGUGGCAUGCCUGACUUGAAAGCUAGAGCCAGCAGCAACACCAACUCUCAGUCUCAAGGCAACUACGGGGGUCUGUUCGUCGAGCAAGGCGACCCUGUCCGUGGCAACUCUCUUCUGAACCACCCAGCUGCGCCCUUCCCAGCUCCCUCAUCGCCUUUAAGGAUCCCGUCAUCGCCAGGCGACAACCAUAUCGGGAACCUCAGAGUCGCAGCCAAGUUGGAGAGUCGCACCUACAAAACUGGUUUCUUUCCUGAGACAGAGCUAUCUAACGAGGGCGACUCUAUCUUUCGCGAAGAUAAAGUCAUUGAAAAGGCUUUGACAAGAACCCAGGUUUCAGGUUUCAUUCUCGAAGAUGAUGACUUUGACGGUUCUCCCCAGGGGAACAAGAUGGUACUAGAGGCAAGAGCCGGUGGCAAACAUCUGAAGAAGUCAAAAUCGAAGCAAGCAGAUAACGUGAGGCUGGCGGCAAGUAGGGAUAACGCGGGCGUUUUGAACAGUCGGCCAUCGCAAACCUCUCCAAUCCUGGUUGAACGUGAACACGUUGCAACGUCUCAAGGUAUACUCUCACAAUAUCGCCGCUCGAUGAAGCGUUAG